AUUUAUUCUCUUAAAUUGCACAAAUUCGUAUUGCCCCUCACCGCUGUGGGUUUGAAUCCCGACAGGGACUUAUGAUUAUUUCUUGUGAGGAAGCUAUCCGGCUAGCUUAUGGAACGUCGGUGGUUCUACUCAGGUGCCCGUUCGUGCCUGAAAUAAUGCACGGAAGGGCACCCGAGGUCUUCCUACGCCAGUAAAGCUGGAACGUCGUCAAAUGACUUAUACUGUGUGGGUGUGACGUAAAACUCAAACAAACAAACACAAAUUCAUAAAUAGGUUCCUUUUAAUAAUUAACGGAUGGAUUUGACAAAACAAUAUGUGUAACUGACAUACGGUUUUUUAUAUAUUUAAAAUAAAUUGCAGCUACAUAGAGAAUCACAUUUUGAAAUAAAAAUGAUGGUUCAAUAGACAUAUUUCAGAAAAUAGGUGUGUGAGGAUUUAACACAGUUUAUAUAAAUGAGGUCAUAAAGUGACAUUUCCUUAAGAAAAACAUCGGUAUUUCUAUAGAAAAUCAACAAUUAAAAGAACAUCAGAUGACAAAAAAAUCUUUGCUUGUAAAAGAGUAAUCAAUAAAUAUUUUUAGUAAUAAUGUUAAGAAUAGAAAAUAUUCCGGAGUUUGCAGACUUUUACUUUUUGAGUAGGCUUGUAACUAUGAACAAAAUAAGUGUUGUUGUUGUUUUAAAGUCACAAACACACAAGUGUCGGUCUGUCAAAAUUAUCUUGCAAAAUAUUUGGUCUGAAUAAGUAUUCUUCCCAUUCAAAUAACUUAAAGAUAGGACAUGCAUAUACUAUGCUUAGCAUUUUUAAAUAUUAUUUCCAUAAUUUUUUGUUAUUGCUCGAGUUGUGAUUUUAUUUACAGAUAAAGAAAAUGAGCUUUGGCUUAUGCUAAAUGUUAGAUCCGCGGAAAAAGAAAAGAGGCUUAAAGAGCCCUUCUUGCUUGAUCUACAGAUAAAAGUUAUUGAUAAAAAUGGUGAAAAAAGUGUCGAAGGGAAUCAACGUGUUUAUGAAGUAAUGAGAGACUAUAUUAGGCACAACGAUAGUAUGACUGGUUUGCCUUUUGGUGUAAGAUCAACUGAUACACCAGUCUAUCACCUCGUAGAUUUCAUCAAGGCCAUAGAGAAAUGCCGUAUCGUUGAUAUUUCUCCCACUGACCAAUUGUCAAUAGACAUACAAAUCAACUGUCAAAAUUCGAAGGCCAUGGAAGACUUUCUUACGGCUGUCAUCAGUAACGGAUUUCAACAAGAACUGUUUGAGAUUAGACGAUGGCUACAUGUGCAGUAUGACAUUACAUCGUAUGACAUAAUUGCCAAUUGCUCAUCAAAUGGCAUAGAGAAAGCAAAACAACGUCUGCACUUUACUGACGUAACCAGAACUAUGACUUGUGCCGAGCAUCAAAAUACACCAUUUACUCUCUAUUGUCCUGACCAUGACACGUUUUUAUGUACAGCAUGCAGGGAAUCAAGACAUGGUACAUGUCUUGGAAUAACACAAGUUGUAUCUGAAAGGUCUUACGUUGAACAGAAACGUCGUCUCAACAUCAAAAGAAGAAAAGGAACUUAUAACGUGAGGAUACAGAAUACUUUGAUAAAUAGAGACAACAAUGAUCAAUUUGAGUGUGUUAUCACUAGUAUCUGCAUGCUUCCUAAAAGUGAAGUUCUCCUUGCUGAUAAUUGGAAUAACAAACUGAAGAAAUUGGACAGUUCAUACAAGGUAAUAAAUCACUGUGAUGUACCUGAGUAUCUCUAUUCUGUAUGUUAUAUAGGCAACGAUACAGCUGUUGCUAGUUUAGGAGCCAAUAUCAUACAGUACGUGAAUGUGUCAGGUAAGAUAAACCUAAGGCAAUCAGUAACGCUAGAUCAUGAAUGUUACGAUAUAGCUUGUCACGGUGACACGCUCUAUGUUGAUAGUGGAGAAACAAUUUACAAAUAUGACAAAUACUGUAAACAAAAGCACGUUCUAUAUCAUUACCGUAAAAAUCUGGGCAUGUUCUACAGAGCCACAAUUGCUAUAAGUGAAAAUGGUGAGCGAAUCUACUUCACGACAGUUAGAUGUCUAACUACCAUAGAUGCCAACGGAAAACUUAUCAGUUCACAAUUUAGAGAUUUUAACACACGUGAUAUAUGUAUUGCUGGUGAAGGUAUUGUUCUUGUAUUAGAUGCAACAAACAAUGUUCAUCAGCUGGAUUAUACAGGACAAAAGCACCGGACUGCAGAUAGCAUGCCAUUAACUCCUUUUGAAACGUAUUAUAUGUGUUUCGACAGAGAAAGAUGUAGACUUAUUGUUGGUAGUGGAGACAAGAUACAUGUUUACAAAUGCGAAUUUUUGCCAAGUUAGUUAAUAAAAUUGUUUUUGGUAAACCAAGAAUCAAAUGAAAAAUGCAUCGCUUAUCCACUUUUGUUUAUCAAAUUUAUAAGUUUGUAUGUUUGCUUAUUUCUUCAUCGGGUCAUUACUUAUUAUUUUGA